UCCCGCUCUUUCGUCCCACUUCGCGGCGCCGAAAAAAAGGAAAAUAAUUUCACCUUCGGUGUCCUAAAUCUCCGAUGGAAGACAAAAUCCAUCUCUGAAACAUCUCAUCGAUCGAUAGAUAUGUUCGGGAGGUUCAGACCACCGCCGUCGUCGCCGGACUGCCUGGAGAGAUCUCCGGCGAAGAUCAUCAAAGACGAUCCUCUCUCCGUCUACGAGUCGACACUGUUGAAGCUUAAACAAGGCUCAAGACUCAACAUUGGCCCUUGCCCGGAAACUUCAUAUGAGACAGAGGCUGAAAAUGCGCCAUCCCCUGAUUCUGCUGAACGGGCUGACCCCUCAACCUCCUCGGACACACGGCAUAGUCAUGUAACCCUACUCCAUGUUCACGAAACAAUGGUUAUAGAUUCGGGUUCAGAUGGGCAGGAAUCUGGGGAAAGCUCGAAACAGCCAAAGAACAAGAACCCAUCAGUGCUUGGCAUGUUUUGCAGGUACAAUGAUCUGAUUCGUGCGCGAAGCAUGUCCCGGGAGGAGGAUACAAUGACCGAGAAUGCAUUGUGUUCGAGGGUUUCUGCCGAUGUCUGAGCAGACCAGAACAAAGAGAUGUAUGUAUGUAUCCUUAAAUCAGCCAAAAGUAGAUGUGCAGAACUGCCUAAGGCCAUGCUUGAUUUCGAAUAUGCCAGGUUAUUGUGUAAUUUAUGUGGCUCUGUUUUUCUUUCA